AUGGCGUUCAAAAAAUCAUGGCCGGAAUUCUCGUUGGACAGUGGACAACAGUUCACCAAUACCUCCGUGGUCAUCGUCGGAGCCGGCAUUGGAGGCAUGUGCGUUGCGAUUGAUUUGAUCAAACGCAAUAACUGCCAAGACUUUGUCAUUUUGGAACAGUCUGCCGGGGUCGGUGGCACAUGGCACGUGAACACGUAUCCUGGCUGCGCUGUCGACUUGCAGUCCAUUGUCUACAGCUACAGCUUUGCUCCCAAUAGCCAUUGGAGCCGAGAUUUCCCAGGGCAGAAAGAAAUUCUGUCCUACCUGACCCGGGUGGCGCAGGAAUACAGGCUGUACGAGCAUAUCCGGUUCUGCUCCACUGCCGAGUCCGCGACCUGGGAUGAUGAGCUUAAGAAGUGGAAGACGAGCGUGACGGUUGCCAAAGGCUCCAAAGAUUCCGAGGCCACCUCCCACUACACGAUCUCUAGUGAUUUCUUUGUCAGUGCUGUGGGCCAGCUAAGUCAGCCAAAAUGGCCGGAAAUCGAAGGUUUGGAUAGGUUCACAGGAAAGACUAUGCACAGUGCUGCAUGGGACUGGACGUACGACUUGAAAGAUAAGAGAAUUGCGGUUGUAGGAAGUGGCUGUAGUGCAGUCCAGAUCGUACCUGAGCUCGCUAAGGUGGCGAAAAAGGUGACAGUUUUCCAAAGAACACCUCACUGGAUCCUACCUCGUGGGGACUACGAGAUCUCAAACUUGAGGAAAACCCUUUACCGCUAUUUCCCUUUCUGGCAGCGGUACUGGCGCAGACGCUAUGUGGACAUCAACGAAACAGAAUACAUUUCUAACAACUUCGCUGAGCAUGAGGAAAAUAGAAAGCUGAAACAAGCCGCUCUGGAAAUGAUGCACGAGCAGCUCCCCAACCAACCUGAGUUGUGGGAGAGGUUGACACCCAACUAUCCGGUGGGCUGUAAGCGGGUGGUCGUCUCGGAUUUCUUUUUCCCAGCUUUGAACCUUCCCAAUGUUGACCUUGAGGCGAGGCCUAUUCAUAGCAUCAACGACCAUACUGUGCGUCUGGUCGGCAAUGCGGGACAGGCAGAGGAUGCGGACUCUGAUUAUGAUCUCAUCGUCUUUGCAACCGGCUUUCGAGCCACCGACUUCCUGCAUCCAAUGAAGAUCUUCGGCCGGGACGGUCGAGCCUUGCAUGAGAUGUGGAAGGAUGGCGCUCAGGCCUACCAGGGUACCUGCGCCGACGACAUGCCGAAUUUUGGAAUGAUACUGGGCCCCAACACUGGGUUGCUCCAUAACAGCUUCAUUCUGAUGAUCGAGGCGCAAAGCCGGUAUAUCAAUGGCUUGAUCAAGCCGGUGCUAGAAGCCCGAAAGCAAGGAAGGACACUCAGCCUGAUCCCACGCCCGGAAAAGACCGAAGAGUACAACGCGCAGCUGCAAUAUCGACUCAAGGACUUCGCCGUGAACGACUCCCAAUGCACCAAUUGGUACAAAACUGAGUCAGGGCUGAUCACCAAUCUUUGGCCAGGCACGGUGCUGGAAUUCCAGAAGCUGAUGGAGCAAGUGGACUAUCGGGACUAUGAAUCGGAAGGAUCUGCUAAAAGCAUUGUGCAAACGCGACCUUUGCACAAGGUAGGCCGCGUUGUUGAAGAGGGUGGAGUUCUAGAAAAGCUUUCCUUGGCGAAUGUUAUAGUGCUUGGCACAAGCUUGAUUGUUGGAGGACUUCUAACGCGCAGACUGAUUACAUUCACAUAA